CAAAAUGUCAGAGGCGGGAGGGAAGGUGGGCAGAACGAUACCAGCACCCCACCCCCUCCGCCUGCACUAAUCAGAGCUGACAGCAACGGGGUGGAUCAGCUUUUCCUUGUUACUCAGCUUAGCAACAGCAACGCCAGCAGCAAAGCGCACCCUGCCGGUCUGGAACCCUGUACAAGCCCAGCUUCGUCCCAAAGAUCGGCUGUCAAAGGACUUUGUUUGUGACAAAGAGUUGGAAUUUUGUAUGCAGCUAAACCCUACAAGCAAUCCGGAUAGAGCACAUUGCCUCCUUCCAACGUCUGUCACAACUGAGAAUGCAAUAAAUCAUGCCAGAUGGGUAGAUCUCCUACCACCUUCACCAAGCUCAAACUUGGUCAGCUGAAGGUUGUACGCCGACGACUGCUUCAACGUUAUGAACAUCAGCCCUUCAUCUCAUGUUUGGCUGGAAUUUAUGGUUGCCAAUGGCGACGGUAUCAGCGGGCUCGGGCAAUGCCCGGAGAGUGCUGCUGCUUAAAGUGGGAAUGUGUGUGCUUUGCAGUUUUGCUCAUUACUUUCUGUCUGAGCCUGGUGUUCGUGUACUACUGGAGUGAAGUAAGAAACGAUUAUAAUGAUUUUGACUGGAAUAGUUAUGAAAGCCUAGGAUACUGGUAUCCCUGGUCAGUGGUGCUGUUGGCUAUUGCAGCAACUUUAUUCGCCUAUGUUGCUCUGCUGUUGGUUUUGGCGGUAUGUCUAAUUUCAGAAGGACAGCAGCUCUAUCUGCACUGGAGCCACAAGAUUGGGGUUCUUGUGGUCCUUGCUUUUUCAUUGGCUGGGUUGGUGGUUCUCUCACAGAUGUGGAUAGAGGAGUGGUCCAUAGUGCGCCUGUCUUUUCAGGUUACCGCCCCAUACCUUCAUAUUGGUGCCAUAGCUGCAAUGGUUGCUUUGUCGUGGCCAGUCGCUCAGCAAUUUGCAAGGAUGAAUAAGGGAGUUCCUCAGGGAGUGAUACUUGUCUUGUAUCUUGGUGUCCUGCUUUUUCUUUACUUGGUGCCUUUGGGGAUGUACUCUCCCUGCAUUAUGGAGCCAAAAGACCUUGGACCAAAGCCUUCUCUGUUUGGACACAGAGGUGCACCAAUGUUAGCACCAGAAAAUACAAAAAUGUCAUUCGAGAAGCUAAUAGAAUAUGGUGGAGAUGGACUGGAAACUGACGUAACUCUCAGCUAUGAUGGGAUUCCCUUCUUAAUGCAUGAUGACACCCUGGAAAGGACGACUAAUAUUAAAGAAAUUUUUCCUAACCGGAGUAACUGGAAUGCAGCCUUCUUUUACUGGCAUGAACUGGAGCAACUUAAUAAUGGAAAAUGGUUUUUCAGGGAUAAUCCGUUUGGAACCAAAAGUUUGCUGUCUAAUGAGAACCACGAUGAUGCAAUGAAUCAAUCUAUCUUCAAGUUUAGUGACUUCUUAAAACUGGCAGCAAAUGCAAAUAAGCCAGUCAUUUUUGAUUUGUACACCCCUCCUAAGAAACAUCCGUACAAAGAAGCAUACAUCAACAGAACCCUGGAUGUGAUUCUCAAUGAAUCUGACAUCGACCCUAGCUUGGUGCUGUGGCUUUCAGGAACAAAAAGGUCUGAGGUUUAUGAGCGGGUCCCAGAGUUUCAGCAGACAAGGGGCAGUCUUGCCCCAAUUCAAGAUUUGCAGGAAGAGCACAUUGUAAAAUUGAACAUUCCAUACAGGUUAGCCACUAGAGAAGACACCAGAAAAUAUUCUGAUGCUAAUAUCACCACCAACCUGUAUGUAGUAAGUGAGCCGUGGCUGUUCUCACUGGCGUGGUGCUCUGGUGUGCAGUCCGUCACUACCAAUGCUGUGCAUAUCCUUAAAGACUUAAAAACACCUUUCUUUUUCAUGACACCACAGCAGUACAGGCUUAUGUGGAUCUUAACAGAUGUGGUAUCAGCAUUAUUAAUCCUAGCUGUAUUUGCUUUUCAUUGGUGGAGAGAAAGAGGUUUUCCCUGUUGUUCGAAUAGCAUACAGACCAGUGAAAAUGGCCCUUACAGCAAAUUCAGAACAGAGCUUAAUGAUGUGAGUUCAGUUUCGGGAGAGACUAACCCUUACCAUAUCAGUUCGCCCACUUCAGAUGAUCUGCCUACAAUAUGUGAGGUCUCAGAGUGCACGGAAUAACUGAAAAUGGAAAGUUAAAGUAAAAUGGAGGGAAAAAUGAUGAUAGAAUGUAUUCAAGAAUUUACAUUAAAAUGGUGUCCAUUUGCAACAGACUGGGCACAGGCCUCUCUCCAGAUAUGAAUAGAGACUGAUCAGAACAGUGUUAAUUGGGAUGCCUGUUGUGCAGGCUGAAAGUAUCAGAGGAGCUGGUUGCCUUGAAAGUGAAUAUUAUUUAAUGGUUCUACUGAUAAUGGAUGCCAAAAUUGUAUUGUAUUAAUGGUUCUACUGAUAAUGGAUGCUGAAGUUAUAUGGGAUUAAUGGUUCUACUGAUAAUGGAUGCCGAGAUUGUAUGGGAUUAAUAGUUCUACUGAUAAUGGAUGCUAAAGUUAUAUGGGAUUAAUGGUUCUACUGGUAAUGGAUGCUGAAGUUAUAUGGGAUUAAUGGUUCUACUGAUAAUGGAUGCUGAAGUUAUAUGGGAUUAAUGGUUCUACUGAUAAUGGAUGCUGAAGUUAUAUGGGAUUAAUGGUUCUACUGAUAACAGGAUGCCGGACACUACAUGGGAAGUGGGUGGGUUACUACUGAUUAGGUAUACAAGCACAGUUUGCUUUUGUUUGGAUCACUUACAUUAUCUUUUCAUCUUUUCAUUACAUUUUAGAAAAAUAGGAACUGAAAAUGUAAUUUUGGAAAUACAGCUUUGUUCAGUCACUCUAUGAAAUUCUUGAGAAGUUAUAAAAUAUGUAAUGGCGGCAGACAAAAGAAUAUAAAUGGGGGUAGAGUGGGGUUCAGGCUGCUGUCUGAAUUCAGCAUAUAGUUCUGAUAUGUCACUGUAUAAUUUGCUGUCACACUUUUAUGUUGUGUUGUAACCCAUUCCAUUAUAAAUAUCUGAUACACUGUAUUGAUAACACACUAGCAUAGUGCUAAGAUCUCUCAGUUCCAGAGUUCACUGUUGACUUUUAGUCUCCCUGCCUCUGUGGCGAUUGCUUUUUCUUAUCUCUGUGUGUUUUUUCUGUGGGUACUCAAGUCAUAUCCUUUAUAAUUAUUGUAACCCAUGUUUGAAUUCAGACAUAAAGCAAUUUCACAAAUUAAACAUGAUUAUUAAGAGCAAA